GCCUUUGCUAUGGGCAGGCCUGGUAAAUGGAACGCAGAGUUAGCUGAUCCAGUAGACUAGCAGUGAUUGGCGCUGUCUGCUGCCGCGUCUCACUGCUUCGUUCCUGUCAGACGGCCCUUGGUAGAGACGGGCGGCUGGGAAAUGAGACUCGGGGACGGCGCUGACACAGUUUAACAAGUCUGAAGACAUUUUCUGGUGGAGGAAGAGAAACUCAUAAAGGACAGAGAUCAUGGAACUCUAUCAAUGUGCCUGAGAUCCUGACACAUUUUUCAGACUGCAAUGACAAGCGUGGACAGCAGCCAUGCAGAUAAAACACGCCACUCCUCCUCCAAACAUCCUGCACCAAAAGUGGAGGUGCACAGAUCUGUCUCCAGAGAAACCAUCACUAUUCAUUUCUCGGCUGCUGGGAAGGAAGAGGAAGAGGAGGAGGAGGAGGAGGAAGAAUUUAAGGAGCCCCUUGAGGAGUUUGAUGACCAAAGCAUUGUAACAGGUGAAGAAGCCAUGGAAGAGCUUUACUUUGAUCCCGGCACACAGACAGAUUCUUGUCCUGCAAAGAUUGAAUCAACAUCUUUAUCACCUUCUCAGAUUAUGACAACAGUAGAUACUGUCCAAGCAGUUGAUUCACUAGCAUCCAAAACAGACAGCACAUUGCCAAUACCAUUGUCAUCCUCUUCAUCAAUCUUGUGUCCAGAACCAAAUGAAACUAAUAUUGCAUCUUCCACAAAGCAAGGAACUUCAGUAAGCUUAUCACUAUCCAGGGUUCCUGCUUUGUCCAGCUCAACCCCUGUGCCACCCAUUUCUAGUUCUAAACCCUUUAUGAGUUUGGUUAAAUCCCUUUCCACUGAGGGAGAACCAAAAGAGCCAACCACAACCAUAAGGCACAGACACUUAAUGAAGACUCUAGUCAAGUCAUUAUCAACGGACACUUCAAAGCAAGACUCAGAGUCUUUCAAGGGAAUAGACUCCAAACUGAACUUGCAUUUGUUUAAACAGUUUACCCAGCCUCGCAUUACUGGUGGAGACUCUAAAACUGCCCCCUCAUCUCCCAUCACUUCCCCUUCAGACGGUCGUUCAUUUUUUAAGGUCACCGAAAUGGAAGCUAAAAUAGAAGACACUAAAAGGCGCCUCUCGGAAGUAAUGUAUGAACCUUUUCAGCUUCUAAGCAAAAUGAUAGGUGAGGAACCUUUAAACUACAGGCCCAAAGCCUUAUCAUCAAGCGCGUCAGAGCUUUCCAACCUAUCUAGCCUAAAUGGUCAUCUUGAAAGCAAUAACUAUAGCAUCAAAGAAGAAGAGGGGGAUUUAGAGGCCGACUAUUCCACUAUUGAAGACAUUGCUUUGAAGGAUAAACAGCCAAAAACAAGUAGUGAGCACACAAAGGCUUCAUCAGCUCUGGCUCUGGAGAAAUGCUCUCUAUCUGCACUAGCGAGUAAGGAGGAUGAGGAGUUCACAGAGUUAUAUUCUGAAGACUUUGAUUUUGAAGAGGAAGCAGAGGAUCGCCUUGGGGAUGUAUCAGAGGCAGAGGAAGGUAGUGGGACACAUUCUUUAGAGGAAGAGCUCCUGUAUGAGGAAUGUUCUGAUAUUCCUGUAAAAACACUAUACUUCUUUGUAUUAGCGGUUUAUGGAUACCAAACACUCCCUCUUCCCAGUUACUUAGAUGGGCUUUUUUUGGGGGUUGCCCUUGGUUUUAUGGCUGCCAUUUGUGUCAUUUGGCUUUUUUCAUCUACCAAUUCUCGCCAGCAUAAAGUGCUUUCACAUCAGCAACCACUUAAAGUGGAACCUUUACAAAUCAGUGAGCCUGAUAUCAUGAAGGGCUGGAUGAAUGAAAUCCAGAACUACGACCCAGAAACAUAUCACGCUACGCUGACGCACUCCAUCUUUGUUCGCUUAGAAGGAUCAACGCUGAGACUGUCCAAGCCCAACAAAAAUGUUUCACGAAGAGCCAUAUACAAUGAAGCCAAGCUGGAUGUGGUCUACAUCAGCCAGAAGAUAUACGAUCUUGUGGACAGCAAAGUAUAUCUGGUACCUAAGAGUCUGGCUCGCAAGCGGGUGUGGAACAAAAAAUACCCCAUAUGUCUGGAGUUGGCAAGACAGGAUGACUUCAUGUCCAAAGCUCAGGCUGACAGAGAGGCUGCAGAGGAUAAGGUGGAUAAAGGGGAGCAAACAGAGGAUGGCAGUAGGGCAGUGCCUACUCAGGAUUCUAGCAAAGCACCUGGGCACCUGGAACAAGUGCUUUAUCUGUUUGGGAGAACGGGCAGAGAAAAGGAAGAAUGGUUCCGUAAAUUUCUGCUGGCGUCCAAAAUGAAAUCAGAUGGGAAGAAAGCAAGCAACCCUACAGGAAUAAAACCAGGACACCUCCUAACACACAGUCGAAACAGCAGCAGAGGGAGCAUGGAUGAAGUCCUGGCCCAAUCAAAGCCAAAGGAGAUCUCUGGGAAUGUCCGGCAGAAGUCGCUUUUGGAUUAUAAUGUUUACAUGGCGAGGUGUAUCCCACAGGAGGAGUGCAUGCCCGACGAAAGUCCUGCACACAGUGCCAACAGCAGCCCCACAGCCACAAAAAAGGUUCCCGGGGAGCAUUUGGCCGGGGCAGAAGAGAUGCAGGCCUGGGUGAAUGCGCUGCUCGGAAGGAUGUUUUGGGACUUUUUGGGAGAGAAGUACUGGUCAGACCUGGUGUCUAAAAAGAUCCAAAUGAAACUUAGUAAAAUAAAGCUGCCCUACUUCAUGAAUGAACUGACCUUGACGGAACUUGAUAUGGGUGUAUCUGUGCCGAAAAUCCUUAGAGCCUUUGAGCCAACCAUCGAUCACAGAGGUCUGUGGACAGAUCUGGAAAUUUCCUACAAUGGUUCUUUCCUGAUGACACUGGAAACCAAAAUGAACUUGACCAAACUGGGUAAAGAGCCACUCGGUGAGGCCUUGAAAGUAGGAGAGAUUGGCAAAGAGGGUGCCAGACCUCGGGCGUAUUACCUGGCAGACAGUGAUGAGGAAUCCUCCAGUGCUGGUUCUUCUGAUGAAGAUGAUGGAACUGAAGUAACAGGAGACAAACAGCUUACUCCUGGCUCAGAAGGGUACUCAGGGGUGCAUAGGACAAGCAAAAUCAUGCGAUUUGUCGACAAAAUCACCAAGUCCAAAUAUUUCCAGAAGGCCACUGAGACGGAGUUCAUCAAGAAAAAGAUAGAAGAGGUCUCUAAUACCCCCCUCCUACUCACUGUGGAGGUGCAGGAGUGUCAAGGAACCCUAACAAUUAACAUUCCACCGCCUCCUACAGACAGGAUAUGGUACGGCUUCCGUAAACCACCUCAUCUGGAACUGAAGGCACGGCCAAAACUCGGGGAGAGGGAGGUAACACUGGCUCAUGUGACGGACUGGAUAGAACGGAAAUUAGAGCACGAGUUUCAGAAAAUCUUUGUUAUGCCAAACAUGGAUGAUCUUUACCUUCCCAUCAUGCACUCUGCAAUGGACCCACGUUCUUCAAAAGAAGCAGAUUUGGAGGCCAUAGACAUACCGUGAAAUGUGAACCUCACUGUUUACAGUAUUACAUUGUCUUUUCCACUUUCUGUUUCUUGUGCUCUGCACACAUUACUAUAACCUGGCACUCUUAGGUAAUGAUGUGUGAAAGUCAGCGGCAUUUGGACCCUGCACGGUACAGCUAGACUCUUCUGGCUGGUUUAAUUCAGCCCUCGCUGCCAUUCUUCCCCUAAAGUGCAAGCUUUGUGGCCAAUGAAGGAACUUGUACAUCUGAGCACAUACACAGCUAUGAUACCAUUUGCAUUUGGGACAUUUCUCUUAAGAUGAUAUGGUGCCCUUAACCUGUCCAACAUAUCUGCAUUCUUACUGUGGCGCCCAUUUCCAAUAGGUACCAUAGUAGUGUGCAGUGGAAAAAGUGGGUGUCAAUUAUAAGUACAGGCCUAAUUUUGUAAGGAGGUGGAUAAUCUUUGCUAUUGUGAGGCACUACAUUGUUGUCUGAAUGGUGCCAGCUGCCAUGGUACUGACAAGAUACCUUUUGUAAGGUAAUAAUGGUAAUUGGGAGCAGUCAAUUUAUAAGGUUGAAGGAAUAAUUUACAAAUGCAAGCCGCCAUUUUUCAUAUGAGUUAAACAUAAUUGCAAGAGUUUCCCAGCACCAGGAAUUCAUGCUGCAGGCACAGUUCUUCUGCAGGAUAAUCACUAGUGAACCCUUUAUGCCCACAACUUCCAGUAGUGGCGAGUAAAAUGCUGUCGCUCAGCUUGGUUAUGUUGGCUCGUUUUGGGUGCUUUAUGUUUUGCGUUGUCUGCUUUAUAUUGUUUAAGAAUUGUGACAUUUGUGUAAUGAUCUAAUGAAGACUGAGGCUGCUGGCAGGUAACUGACAUUUUAAAUGUGUUGCCUGACCACAUGCCCUGUGUCCCAGCGCCCCCUAGUGAAGAAGGUGGGUAUGUGACGGCCACGCUCACUGCUGCUUAGUUCUGCAGCCAUGGAUUUCAGUAUACCACAUAAUUGCACAAUUUUAUUGGUGGGCAUGUAACACUAAAAAUUAAGAAAUAGUUUUAACACUAAAGUAUUUUUAAAUUGAAGGAACAGGUACUCCCCUUAGAAGCAGCUCUUUUAAACAGCCACACCCUUUAUUAGUUGCUCUGACCCAGGUAUCUGAUUAGUGCUAUUAUAAUGCCCUUAUUUGGCCCAAUGCCCUAAGCAUCUCUCCCACAGUCACAUAUACAGUGAUGUUAGGGGGGUAUAAGGGUGAAGACACACAGAGCUACUAGUAGCAGCUACUUGUUGCAAAAUACCCUGCCACAAACAACACUGAGAAUUGCCUCUGCUAAAACACAUUUAAGGCAGAGACACCAGCUGCAAUUCGGGGAGAUUAGUCGCUGGGCGACAAAU